UCUCGGACAGACAGAAGCAGGGCUCAGAGGUCACGCCAAUUCCCGGGUUCAUCUUCCUUUUUUCUCUUCAGAAAAAAGGCAAAGCCUCAUCGUCCUUCUCGUUCUAGUCAACUACCUAUUGUUCCUGAGAGCAAAAUACCCACAGGCCAAUGCAAAGAAAGAGGGAGCAAUCAGAUCAUGUAUAAGAACCAACUGCAAGAACUUGCGCAGAGAAGCUGCUUCAACCUCCCUUCUUAUGCCUGCAUCAGAGAAGGACCAGAUCAUGCUCCGAGGUUCAAAGCUUGUGUGAACUUCAAUGGCGAAAUCUUCGAAAGCCCAAGCUACUGCAAUACGCUGAGGCAGGCAGAGCAUGCAGCUGCAGAAGUAGCCCUCAAUGUCCUCUCCACAAGGGGUCCUUCAAGAUCUCUCACUGCAAGAAUCCUUGACGAGACGGGGAUCUACAAGAAUCUGCUCCAGGAAACAGCUCACAGGGCAGGCCUGAACCUGCCUGUGUACACGACGGUGAGAUCAGGCCCUGGUCAUGUUCCCACGUUCACUUGCACUGUGGGGAUUGCUGGGAUGAGCUUCACUGGUGAAUCAGCCAAAACGAAGAAACAAGCAGAGAAGAAUGCAGCGAUCGCAGCGUGGUCUACACUCAAAACAGUGCCAGACCUGAGUUCUUUGAGGCCCAGAGAUGAGGCUAAGCAAGGGAUCAGGAGAAGGGAUCAGAACCAACCAAGAAGAGGAUCGAUCAGGGGUACUGCAAUGAACCACUCUGCUUCCCCCUCCACAAGCCUUCAAUUGCACAGGCUCGUGGAGAAGUUGCUAAUGAAUUACAUCCCACAAGGACAAGGUGGUGCUUCUCCUUUUUCAUCGUCACCGUUGUCGUCAUCUUCACAGAAGCAGAACAACUUCCUGUCUCUGCUUCCUCCACCCCCACCAAGAUCAGCUUCCAAGAUUCUACCUCCACCGAGAGAGAAUCGAUGGGACAUGGAACAAGACAGUGGGAAGAGACCUAUCGGGUCAAGUAUUUACCCAAGUCCAAAAAUUGUCGAUAAACGAAGUGAUCAUCCGAAUCUCGCAAGACCCAACUCCUCAUUGCCAUUCCUUCAAGGGAUCAGUACUAGCAGAGACGGACAUCAUGGCCACAACAGAAAUGUGUCCGGAUCAUCCCCGCGACCCGUUUACACGGGCGGAUUCCGCCCGCACCAGAUCGCCCCGGCGGUCCAGAUCCGAUCGGUCAUUCCGGUCUGUGCAGCACCGCCGGUGCCAUUGAUGAGGACACAACUACCAAAUCCAGCGGGCGAUCCGUUGUGUCCACAAACGGGGCCACGGCCAGAGAUUCCACCAACCAGCUCGAACCCGAAGUUGGACAAGCUCGAGCUCGAGCCAGACCCGGCUCGACUCGGUUCGGAGCUGAACAAGAAGUUACAGCUGGAAAGAAAAUCUAUAUGAUAUCUAGUUUGGACCAUGGUAAUUGGUAGGUAAUUUCAUGGAUGUUGAUUGUCCCGUGGAUUCAUUUUUCUUUUUCGUUGUUCUGAAGGGAUCGUUUUUGACUCCGAGAGUACUGCGGUCACUGGCUAUUUACCACCCUAUGAAUUAUCUUUUUUA